AAACUAACGAAUUAAACUCCGCCUGUUCUCGUGCCGCUUCAACCUCCGCAUUUUCCAGCAACAAAGCUCACCAAUAAACCCCCCCGGGACAAGCCUCGAGUGUCCGCGCCUAUUCGCACCCCGAGACACAACGGCUAUCUGGUGAAGCUGCCAUGGAGAACCAGGAUGUCCAGCUGCAGGACAACCUGCGCCGCCUCGAUGCCAGAGAGGACAUCCAGGCGCUGCCGACAGGACCCGGUCUGACCUCGAGAAUCAACAGCGACUUCGAAGCAGCAGCAAACGCUGCCGGCGGGUCUCAGCCGUUUAAUGUGCUUCCGGCGGCGACGGUUGAUAUGCAUCAGUCUUCCGUUGCGGGGCAAGCUGAGACACUUCUCGACAACAAUACAACCCCUCAGCCGGUACAGCAACAGCGCCCGCACCACCACAACAACGACCACCAGCAACAACAACCAUCACAAACGCAUCAUGCGAAUCACCAUACUCCAAACAAUGGCUUCCUCGAACAUAGAAACAAUGGCGCGGUCGAUAUGCUGCAGCAUCUCCAGACCCCUCUCCCGCCUCAUCUCCUAAACCAGUUCCACAGCACCCCGCCUCAUAUGGGCAGCGGCGCAAACGCUUCAGAUCAAUCGCCAUCGUCCCCUACUUCUAGUAAAGGAGAGUCCUAUUUUAAAAAUAUGAAACUGAUCCCUAAUCCGCCCGAUCUGAAAAAAUGGCGAGAGCGACUAUUCAAUGUUGAGGAUACGAUCGUCUUGAGUGAAGAAGAAUUCCAAACCUACUUCCCCCACAUCGACAACGUCUACUCUCACCGCUCUACCCAGAAAUAUAAACGCAAACUCUUCGUCUCUCACUACUGGGACUGCCGCCUCAAGGGCCGACCACCCGGAACCCCCAAGUCUCGCGACCCAAACAAAAAGAAGCGCAAGCGCACAGCCCGAGAGCGCGACCUUUGCGACGUCAAGAUCAAAAUCACAGAAUAUUUCCCUGGAGCCCUGACUACCCCACCGGGCUUGAGCCCAUCAAUCCUCUCCAUCAAUUCCCCACACCCCACAAGUACAACUACGGCGGCCGCUCCAGCUGGAUCUGAUAUGCAGACUCCUGCUGGCACCACCUCUCUCGCCCCUACGGACCAGAGUAAUGGAGCGCCGGCCCGUGUCGCAAGCCAUCAGUCCCAGUCCCAACCACAGCCAACGCAACUACAAUACCCGUUCGGCGUUCUAGCGCCCAGCGCGACGUUGCCGGAAGGCCAUCCUGGAGCAGCGGGUGCGAGGUACUAUACCAUCCAGAGAGUAAAUGGGAAUGGGGGCAAUGGGAGGGCGGAUGGGAUUGGCGGGCCACAUCGACAUACGCUAGAGGAGAGUGAUCGGAUUAAGAAGAAUAGUGUGCAGCGGCAUCUGCUUAAGGAGGAGAAGGAGAGGAAGAGGGCUAUGGCGCAGCAGAAAUCAUACCACAAGAAGGCCUCUGGCCCCGCUGCCGUAACGGUCAAAAAACACGCAAGAGAAUCAGACCUAAAGCUCUUCGGAAGUUGUUUCUGUCCGUUCGUCCAGCGUGUCUGGAUUGCCUUGGAGGUCAAAGGGAUUCCUUACCAGUACAUCGAGGUUGAUCCGUACAACAAGCCCGAGUCGUUGUUGGAGGUUAAUCCGCGCGGUUUGGUGCCCGCCAUCCGCCAGGGAAAUUGGGGGUGUUAUGAGAGUACAGUUUUGCUAGAAUAUCUUGAUGAUCUCGAAGCCGGUAAUCCUCUCCUCCCACCAAGAGACCCUCAGCUACGUGCCCAUUGCCGCCUAUGGGCCGAUCAUGUAAACCGCCACAUAAUCCCGACUUUCUAUCGCCUCCUCCAAGAACAAGACGUACAAAAGCAGACCACGCACUCAGAGGAGCUCCAAGCCGAAAUCAACAAACUCGUCAACGCCUCGCAUGUCCACGGGCCUUUCUUCCUCGGCCCCGCCAUCUCCUACGUAGAUAUCCAAUUCGCGCCCUGGAUGCUAAGACUCAGUCGUGUGCUCAAACGAUAUCGCGGCUGGCCGGAUCCUGAGCGGGGGAGUCGCUGGGAAGCGUGGGUGGAUGCUGUGGAAAAUGACGAGCAUGUCAUAGCCACGACGAGCGCGGAUGAGUUGUAUUUGGAUAGUUAUGAGCGGUAUGCUGAAAAUCGGUCUAAUACGUCACUGCUGGCGAAUGUAAUUAAUGCGGGGCGGACCUUGCCAUAGCUGGCGUCCAUAUGGUUCCUGAGCGGUCGUGAUGGAUGGCGUCAUAUAUAUAUAUAUAUAUAUUUAUCGUUUCUCUGUUGUUUCAGGUGGUAUUUUCUUCUAGCAUUUCCGGAACGAGAACAGGCGCUGGCGUAUUUUCUGGGUACUGGAACUGGAUUUUGUAUGGUAUGGGUUUCUCGUUCUUGGUGAGGUCGCGUAUAUGUCGAUUGAGUAAUAGUUCUUUGUCGUCGUUGGUCCUCUCCUUCAUCCUGUGUCCAUCUUGCAUCGGAUAUCCUGACUUCGUCACGCAGAACGAAAAAGUAUAAGUCUUUUGCUCAAUUGAUCAACAAACCAUGCAACACGCUUAAAUAGGUUGGUUUGAAUGAAGUUGAUUAACCAAAGACUUUGCACCGCGCGGGCUGAAUCCAAACCCCCCUCGUCCACUCCCAUCUGGCCCCCUUGGAGUUCUAAGUGGCAUCUGUUGCUGCUGCGACUGCUGCGGCUUCUCCUGCACUCGUCCGUUCUCCUGCCCAUUAUUUACAUAAUUUUGCCUCCUGUCCCCUCUCUGCCCAUGCCCCGAAGUCGAUCGCGUAGGGUAAUUAGGAUCGUAUAGCUGUCUAUUAGAUUUAUUAUUAUUAUUGUUGUUGUUGCUGUUGUAAUUGGCCGAUAUCUCCUUCCUCUCCCGACUCUCCUUGCUGCUGGCAUUAUGCCGGCCGGCUCUCCCCUUGCCUCUCGUACCAAGACCCUGCCUAUGAGAAUGGGAAUGAGGAUGAGGAUGAUCCUGUGACUGUGACUGUGAUGGUGGCGGUGUUGUGCUCGUGCUACCCGGCGAAGAGGCCCCCGAGCCAGCCCCUGACGGACUCCCAAACAGCCGCUCUCUUACUUCCUCGUAUUUGCGCUGUCUCUCCUCCCGUUCCCGCUCGCGUUGUGCCUGCAGCUCUUCCGGUGUUAAUUUCGGCCCUUCCUCUCCGUCGUCAUCAUCGUCACCGUCGUCAUCGUCGUGGUUAGGUAAAAAAUCUGGAGGCAUUGCGAUGGUGGCAGUGGCGCCGGUAGCGGGGGAGCUCAUGCCGGAGACGGAGAGGUGUUGGAUACCUGCCAUUGUAGCGUCAACGGCACCCGACGCGGAUGAGGACGGAAAUGGGGAGACGGCUGAGGGUGAUUGAGAUUGCGAGUGUUGGCGCUUGGCGAGUUGGGGUUUGCGGCUUAGGACGGUGACUGGCGGCUUGAAGUCAGAUCUGAGAGGGACGGAGGCGGCCCGUGAUUCGAGGAAGUGGAAGGUUUGAGGGGAUUCUCUGUUGCGAAGGUGGAUGGGGUUAGCUUGUUUGUUUCGCUUCUUGUUCAUUUGACAGACAUAUAGUAGUGAAUGGUACAUAGGGAAACUGAGUGUUCGGAGGCUCUAGUUCUCGUGUAUUGACCGGAUAGACAUACGCUUCAGCCCAUAGUUGGCGAUUGAACUCCGCGUGCUGAGCUCUUUUCUGGGCUUUUAUGGCUCGAGAAGAUAGCUUUUUCUCAGGUGCCGGUGCUGGUGAAGGUGCCGCCACCCCAUCUUGCGCAUGCGGUUC